AUGUUCAUUGUAGGUAGCUGUAAUUUUCACGACGGAUUUCUCUACGACAUCUCAACAGAUGAGCUGAGGAGAUGUACUCCAAGCGAAGCAUUAAAGGAGUUAAACGUACUGGAAUGCGAUGCUUUUCAAAAGCGAGAUUCAUCGGAUACAUACGAACGGCAAAAGAAUAAGUUCAAAUGGAUCUGCUGUAACGAAACGUUUUCCGGUGUGUGCAAAGGUGGGUGCAAAAGAGGCAAACACGGUUUCUUUUGGAAUGAAUAUCAACCAUCAGAUCAUGGGGCGAGCACUAAAAAGAUCAGCCCACCACAACAAGUGACAAUCGAACAGUGGGAAAACGCUUGUGUAACCAACGAAGAAUACGAAGAAAAAUGGCAAGAAUUGCGCAGAGAUGAUUGA